UGGCAGCCCUAGGCUCCAUUGCCAGCUACGAUUCAGGAGCGGUUUGCCGGUGCUGAGGAGACCGCCCGGUUCAGGAUCUUGUUGGAGGGCCCAGUCUAUCGGGCUUGGUACCUGGGUGAGCGCUUCCUGCGUCAGACCUUGGGUUUACGAGAGCAGAUAGUUCUAGGUCCGCCUCCUACCCAUAUGAGGGAGACAGAGAGGUUCACUCCUGAGCAGAUGCCUGAUUAUACGAUCGGUUGGGAUGCUGAGGGCUUUAGGGGUGAGGGCGACUACACAGAGUACGUCCGGACCUACAUCAUGCGGCCUUUGAGCAGUGGCCGUCGAGUUGAGGGAGAGAGGCCAGCGGUGCUGGCAGCUAGGACAGGAGCGGGAGCAGGAGCGUCGAGGAUGGCUCGGGUCCGUGGCAGGAGUGGGGCUCGGAGAGGACGGGGGGCUAGUUGGCCAACACUACCCACGACGAUGACAUGCCGAGGACAGGGUGGGAAGACUUACCAGAUCCCCAUCGCUCCCCCUCUGGCUGAUCACGAGUUAGUCGUAUUCUACGACUUACCCCCGCUAUGCUUCCUCCGAGUACACUUGUCAGUCCCUAGAGCUGACCGCCUCUGUGAUGGGGAUGUUCCAGUGGAGCCUCGAUCUGUUGGCCAUUUGCGGCAUUCCGGCCCCAUUCCAGAUUCUGCUACAGGAGGUGCUCCGACUGGGCCUUCUGUUCCUGUUCGAGGGCGAGAUGGCAGACUUGAGUACUUUGUACUGCCGUAG